AUCGGUGAAUUGUCAACGCGCUGGGAGCGACUGCUGAGCGCGAGCCGCUGGGCUGGUAGUGCUUCUCCUGAGGUGUCCGCCCGAGCCCUGGUGCCCCGGUGCACUGGGGAGUGAGCAGUCGCCGACUCCCGGCAACUUGGGACCCAGGACCCACCCACAACAGAAGCUUCGAUUUGCCAGCGGGACUCAACCAGGAGGAUGGAAAUCCUGCAUGAACGUGGAAGCCAUUAGCAGAGUAAUUGCUGUCUGUUACCAUGACAACCAGCCGCUGCAGUCACCUGCCCGAAGUCCUGCCAGACUGCACCAGCUCAACUGCGCCCGUGGUGAAGACUGUGGAGGAUUGUGGCAGCCUCGUGAAUGGGCAGCCACAGUAUGUCAUGCAAGUUUCAGCCAAGGACGGACAGCUGCUGUCAACAGUAGUGCGGACUCUUGCCACGCAAAGUCCCUUCAAUGAUCGGCCAAUGUGCAGGAUCUGCCAUGAAGGUAGCAGCCAAGAGGACUUGCUUUCUCCAUGCGAAUGCACAGGGACCUUGGGGACAAUUCAUCGGAGCUGCCUGGAGCACUGGCUGUCGUCCUCAAACACCAGCUACUGUGAACUCUGCCACUUCAGGUUUGCAGUGGAGCGCAAACCCAGGCCGUUAGUGGAGUGGCUCAGAAACCCUGGUCCUCAGCAUGAGAAGCGGACUCUGUUUGGAGACAUGGUGUGCUUCUUGUUCAUAACACCCCUGGCCACCAUCUCGGGCUGGCUGUGCCUGCGAGGCGCCGUGGACCACCUGCACUUUAGUAGUCGGCUGGAAGCCGUCGGACUGAUUGCACUCACUGUCGCACUCUUCACUAUUUACCUCUUUUGGACACUAGUGUCAUUUAGGUACCACUGUCGAUUAUACAACGAAUGGCGUCGGACCAAUCAGAGGGUGAUUCUCCUCAUUCCAAAGUCUGUCCACUUACCUUCCAACCAGCAGUCUUUGCUGGGCCUGCACUCAGUCAAGAGGAACUCCAAGGAGACAAUUGUGUGACAUGUGUGGUUGACUGGUUGACACGUUGUCCGGAGCCUGAAAGUUUUUGCAUUGGGGCAAUGCACCAAGCCGCCUCCGGUUCCUCCUGAGGCCUGAGGAUCAAAACAUCCAGAGGCACAUUAACCUGCAACCCCUGGAGCAGCGAAACCUGCCAGAAGAAAGCAAAUUAUGUUUGACUUCAAAUCAUGGAUGCUGCAUUCAUGUGAUACUUGCUGAGCUGCCAAACAUGUUUAUUUAGCAGAUACUGUAUGGGAUUUUCUGAACACCUCUUUAACAUAUGGGGAAGAUUGUUGUGCUAAGGGUGCAAUUCAAUUCUUCCUUUUUUAUUACUAUUUCAAAUAUAUAAAUAUAUAUAUAUAUUAAACUUAGAUGAUAAUCAAAAUGGAAAGGCCAAUGUAAAAACUGGUUUCUUGGUUUGAAUGGGCUUCAUUUGGGUUAGCUUGUUCCACAGUUUCUACUGUGGAUUCUCGGGGGGUAUUCUGAUAGGCUGACUUGUCUUUUUCAUCUCGUUCCUGUCCCUUAUUCAAGGAGAUAGUACAAAGACUGCAGAGCAACUUGUGUUGGAAGGCUGUUUUAUACUAAAUUUCACUUAACUAUUCAGGUUUUAAAGAGAGAAAAAGGCAUGACAACUGUCCACCCGGUGAGCUGUUUAUUUAAAUAUCAUUAAGAAGGAAAAAAUUUAAGAAAACUUGUUUGGUACCGAGAGCUGAUAGAAGAUAUUUUCUAAUAAUAAAUAUCCAGUGUGUGAAAGACAAAUCCCACUGAUUGCAAUACUCUCUCAUUCUUUUUUUUUUUUUAAAUAAUAAAACCUGCGAAGUUUCCCAAAGUAGCUUUAAAAAAAAAAAUGGGGAAAGCAUAAAGGCUGUUGUUCUAACUCCCAUCUCCUUGAGUGGAUGUCUUAAUUCUGCAUUUGCAAUGAACUGGAGGAUCAUUAGACAUUUCUAGGAACCUGAGACCUGUUUUGCAUAUCAAUUAGCACUCCCAUUGCUCUAUUGAAUUUCCAGCUUGACAGGUAGAUACAGCGGAGAAGCCAGUCCUAGUGGCCAGGCACCUAGUCGGGAGACCCUUUUGUCUGAUAGUGAAAAAAAAAAAAAAAGGAGCCCUAUGUAGUGCCUUUCCCUAGCUGUGAGCCAAUUCUUUCACAGGCCAAAAUAGACUUUUUCUAAGGGCUUCGGGUGGCCCUUUUAUCCAUGGCAGAGUUGGGGGUCUUAUCUGUUGCCUGCUUUGUGUACAGCAGGACCAGGGAACCCAAGUCUCUUACCAACAAAGCACCAGCUGUGAUGGGUGCCUCAUCCCAGCUGUCUGCCCACCCAGGCACCCUGUGAGCCAGGGUUUCUAGAACAUGACCCACAUUCAGAGCAUCUGCCUUGUGCUCCCAAAGCCAGAGAGCAAACUGUGCAGUGAGAAGGGAGCAAGUGGUACCCACAGAUGGAUGGAGCCAGCACAGGCGUCCCCUUUGUGGGACUAACCCUUCGUUCACAGGCUGCCCCCACACAUGGCCUGCGGAGGGAAACAGCUGCAUGGCUCUCGGCUGCAAAACUCAGAUGUGCUUUAUGGCUUGUGACAAUGGAUUUCCUCCCCAGCACGCUUCACUUCAGCACUUGAAUCCCAGUAAUAUACAUCUCGGCUAUUCUGUUGACGCCACCCUGCUAACCCCUCUAGGCUGUCAUUAGCAGCAGCACCAUCAAGCGUUCCUUAAUUGACCUUUUUAAAAUGCUGGACACCGCUGGCUGCAGUGCAGCUGCCACAGUAAAUUUCCAGAGCAAAGAGUCCAACUUGUGAGCUUGUGUACUGCGAGCUCGAAACAUACCUGAUAAGUAUGGCCCACCCAGCCUUGGUCCCUCCACUCUCUGGUAAACCCUGGAUACCCCUUGGCUGCAUGUCAGUGCCAUUCAUGAAACUAUGCCCUUGAUCCUUGUGUCUCAGAUGAAUCAUGAAGUGGCAGGCUUCCUGCUGAGAUUGGCCGGCACAAGAGUUCCUGUGUCCUGGUGUGUAAGGUGAGAGGUGGUGAUACAAACUGUUACAGACUGGCAGGACCCAGGCAGUUCACUGGGGCCCCUAGCACCAGAAUGGCUCAGCUACUUACCACUCACUGGCCUCUGAUCCCAGCAUGUGCAUCCCACCCUGGAAAGCAAAGCAGCAUCCCAGAUGCCAGGGGCAGGUUGCCUCAGGAGUCACCAGCUUGGGACCUCUGCUGCCUGCCAGAACAGGGCCAUGCAGGAUGCUGUGAAUUCUUGGAGGAUUCUCCAUGUCCUCUGGGUUUUUGGGAAGUGCAGCAAAUGUGCUCAGGCACCCAAGUAUGAGGGCGUGAAGACAGGUGGUGGCUAGGUUCCAUGCUCUGCCCCCAUGCCCAGGGCCAUGCCUACCUAGAGGAAGGGAGACCUGAUCUGGGCUCCCUGACACCCAGGUGCCAGGCCAGUUGCCAGCAACCAUGCCAACCUCAUACUCUUCCUUAGCUUCUUGGCUCCUUUGUUUUUGCAGUAGGAAGGGAUCAGGGCAGGGACAGGUGAAGGAUCCUGUUGCUUACUGCUUAGCUUCCACUGACCUCGACCACAGCUAUCUGCUUUGUCCUCUUUGCUCUGGGCCACAACUUAACCAAGUACUGCAGUCUCUGACCUGCCCUGCCCUGAUCUCCCUGGGCAUGAGGGAUUUCUGAGUGCUGUCAUAAGGGAGAACAUGAAGAACAACUAUGCAAACCCUACAGUUCGUCUAAGAACCCAGCCAACAUGCAGAUAGACUGUAAAAUU